AUACUUCGGAUGUCCUCCCCUGUUUUGGAACACCGCCUAUUUCCGGAACAGGAACUAGUCUGUUGCUGACGUUGCUCAGGACGAUGGCGUUCACAGACCAUUCUCUGCAGGAACUGACAGAUAAAGAAAUGCGUGAAAAACUGUCACAGUGGGACCGACGGACUGAUGCCAUGGCUCCCCUGACAGAGAAACAGUCGGACUCUAUUCUGGACAUCCGUGCUGCCGCUGAAACCAUCCCUAUUCCCUCAGAGUUACCCAUUGAGGACUUGUGCAGUCUGACUUCUCGCUCCCUGCGGUCCCCGUUCACAACGACCGUGCCAGCUUCCACUGAAGACGUCCUGCUCAAGGGCUUUCAGAUGCUUGACCUGGAGAAUGAGAGGAUAGAGACUGCACAACAGUUUUUCUCCUGGUUUUCAAAGCUACAGUCGAAGAUGGACCAGGAGGAAGGUGCUGAGCACAGGAAAACCAGAGACCAUCUCAACUGUUAUCGGGAACAAUGUGAUGCCAUUCUGAAUGAUGUCAGUGCUGCCCUGGAACACCUGGACUCACUGCAGAAGCAGUACCUGUUUGUGUCCAACAAGACAGGAACCCUCCAUGAGGCCUGUGAACAGCUACUUGAAGAACAGUCGGAGCUGGUGGAUCUGGCUGAGAGCAUACAGCAGAAGCUGUCCUACUUCAACGAGCUGGAGAACAUCAAUACGAAAUUAAAUUCGCCGACACUAUCUGUAAACAGUGAAGGUUUUAUACCAAUGCUUUCCAAAUUGGAUGACUGUAUAGAGUAUGUUUCUUCCAAUCCUAACUUUAAGGACUACCCAGUGUAUUUGGCAAAGUUCAAACAAUGUCUGUCCAAAGCUAUGCACUUCAUGAAGACUCACACUGUGAACACCAUGCAGAAUCUCACCAGCCAGUUAACCAAAAGGGAUCCACUGGGUUUGUCGAAUGCAGACAACGCCUUCACCCUCUACUACGUCAAAUUCAGAGCCGCUGCGCCCAAAGUCAGAACGCUGAUUGAACAAGUAGAACAGCGGGCCGAGAGAAUCCCUGAGUAUCAUCAGCUGUUAGCGGAGAUCCAUCAGUGCUACCUGGACCAGAGGCAGCAGCUGCUCAGCCCGAGCAUCACCUGCACCAUCACAGACCUGACCAGCCAGAACUACAAGGACCACUGUGCACUGGUGCGUAGUGGCUGUGCCUUCAUGGUUCAUGUCUGUCAGGAUGAACACCAGCUCUACAACGAGUUCUUCUCCAAACCCACGGCCAAACUAGACGAGCUGCUGGAGAAACUGUGCCUGUCACUGUACGACGUUCUGCGGCCGCUCAUCAUUCACGUCGUCCACCUGGAGACCCUGUCGGAGCUCUGCGGCAUCCUGAAGAACGAAAUGCUAGAGGACCACGUCCAGAAUAACGCCGGUCAGCUGGGAGCUUUUGACGCGGUGGUGAAACAGAUGCUGGAAGAUGUACAGGAGAGACUUGUCUAUAGAACACACAUCUACAUCCAGACUGACAUCAUCGGCUAUAACCCGGCUCCUGGGGAUCUGGCCUAUCCUGAAAAACUGGAGAUGAUGGAGAAAAUUGCCCAGAGUCUGAAAGAAGAGCAGAUGAAGCUCAUGGCCCAGGAGUCCUCCUUCUCUGACGUGCAGCUUGAAGAUCCCCAGCGCAGGAGAACCAGUAAUGCAAGUCAGUGCUUAAAAAGUAGCGUGGACUCAUCCCGGAUGCAGCAGUCCAUCUCGCCCGCUGACCUGCAUGGCAUGUGGUACCCGACGGUCCGGAGGACGCUGGUCUGCCUGUCCAAGCUCUACAGGUGCAUAGAUAGAGCUGUGUUUCAGGGCUUAUCUCAAGAGGCCUUAUCCGCUUGCAUCCAGUCCCUGCUCAAAGCCUCUGAUGUCAUUCUCAAGAGCAAGACGCAGGUGGACGGGCAGCUUUUUCUAAUCAAACACCUGUUGAUCAUGAGGGAACAGAUAGCCCCCUUCCACACAGACUUUGCCAUCAAGGAGAUCUCUCUGGACCUGAAGAAAACUAGAGAUGCUGCCUUCAAAAUGAUGAACCCCAAAUCUGUUCCUAGCUUCUUCAGACUGAACAGCCACAAUGCAAUCCUUGAGUUUCUCUUAGAGGGCUCACCAGAGAUAAAGGAGCAUUACAUCGACUCAAAGAAGGACGUGGACCGUCACCUGAAGUUCAGCUGCGAGCAGUUCAUCCAGCAGCAGACCCACAUCUUUGUGGGGAAUCUGGAGGACUUUCUCACCAAGGUGUCUGCUUUGAAAACCAUGGCCAUCCAAGGAGGUCCCACGUACAACCUCUCUCAGCAGCCCUGGGCCCAGCCCGCCAAGAUCAAUGACAUAGUGAUGGCUACCUACCGUGUGAUGAAGAGCAAGCUGCCGAGCACCUUACAGAGCAUGUCCCUCUACCUGGCCAAUAGAGACACCGAGUUCAUCCUCUUCAAGCCUGUCCGGAACAACAUCCAGCAGGUGUUUCAGAGACUACAGGCCCUGCUUCAGGAGGAAUACAGUGGUGAGGACCUUCAGAUCAUCGCGUGCCCCUCUAUGGAACAGAUUAACCUGCUGUUGUCUGUGAAUAAGUAGCCCGAGGGCGCGGUUGGCGGGAAGGGUUGCGCGUGUUUGGGCAGGCGGCAGGAUGGACAGCAGUGUUGCUUCAGCCCUGACAUGGCCGGACCAGGAGGUGAAUGAGCAGAAGUCGGGGAGACUCAGCGCGGGCGGAGCUGUGCUGGUCUCUGGGCCUCGGGCCGGCCCAGGAACAUGGCAGAUCUACACAGGGCCAAAGAUACAACUGAGAAUGUUGACGUCCAGUCAGUAGAUGGGGACUUUUUUCUGCUGAUUUUUCAAAUCAACUUGUUCAACUGAAAUUUAAGGUGUUGGGCUUGCUUUUCUGUGGGAGAGAUGCACAUGGACUAGCGUCAUCAGCUAUAUCAACUGCAUUUCCCUUUUACCCAUGAUAAUGUUCUGAGCCAAGAACCGAGUGGCUGGUCAGCUUGUGUAUCAGCCAACAAAGAUGAGGGAGAAUGAAAACAACACUAACCAGGCCAAUGGAGGAAAUAUAUAUUUUUUCCAUUAGUCUCGUAGCCGCUGCAUUUACACCAUUUGUUUCCCUUAAUGACCUGAGAGACUAAAGAGAACACGAUGCACGAUAUCCAGUGUCUCAAGGCCUUUCUCUGUGGACGCCCCUGGUGUGAGAUGGCCUGUGCUGGGCUGCAGGGCUCUCAGGUUUUAACAAGGCCCACAUGGUCCAAUUUUAAUAAAGAAACCCUUCUAACUGUUUUACUGUACGUCACUGGAUUUCAAAUGGAUUCUCCUUCCACUUGCUCUCUCCAUGAAUGUUUUUGUCUACUUGGUGCAUAUAUGUAAAAAUUACCCAGAGAACUAGUGUUUUUUUUAAUAUAUAUAUAUAUAUGCAUACACACACACACCCCUUGUUUUGUAUUUGGGGUGCUUGAGAACCUCUGUUGGUCUGGUGUUAACCAGCCUUUGCACUGUCAAUGAAUGGCAAAGUCAGUGGUUCAUUUGCCUAAUGCUACUCUCACAUAUUCAACAAAUUAAUUUAAACUCAUCUGCCAUAUUUUCUUUGAAUGUUUAUAGUGUACCUUCUGUAUUUAUCCAUGAACAUCUGGAUUAAAAAGGAUGACAAAUUGAAA